AUGAUAACGUCCACAAAGUUCGCCAAGAUUGUAAUAAUUGUCCUCAUAGCUUCAGCUGUGGGGUACAUUUUCAUAGUGGGGAGUCUUGAGGCAACUCUUGAAGCAGCUUAUGCAAUAAUCCCUUCGACAUCUGUCUUCAAACAUCCUGCAAGGUCCGUACUCACAUUAGAACAGAAGUCGCUUUUGGAUACCAUUAAAGCCGAUAUAUACGAGAAAUUGGCGGUGUCUGAUGUCAAUGACAAUCCCUUAGACUCAGUUAUCAAUCAGGUAGUAACCACAGUACAAGCCCUAGAGACAGAAGACUCGCUUCAGGGACUAACGAGAGCCGAUCUCCAAUACCAUGUGAUCAAUGACCUUUUAAAGGAAGCAGUAGGGUGUUUUAAUACGGACUAUGUUGCUCAAGAACGAGAUAGAUCAACAUACUUCAAGUACAUAAUAGAGCAUAUGAUUAUAAAGAAUAAGCCCCUAGUGCCAGCAUUCACAAGACGUGAAACCGGCAAGAAGUUCGGUGGUAGAUACUACUCAGGAACGAAUACUCCACGGUACACGUUCGAAGAACUCACAAAGGACAGACUCAAGGUAGCUGAGGAGAAGCUUAAUGAUUUGAGACUUCAUCAUCAACAGAUAGUAGACCAUCUUAGACAGUUGCCCUUGCCCCCUAGAAAGUUCUUCAAAGGUAAAGGGAUUGUCAUCAUGUCAUCUCGGGAGUUUUUACCCGGUGCCUUGGUGACCAUUGGCCAAUUGCGUGAGCUGGGAUCCAAGUUGCCUAUUGAAGUGGUGUUGGACUUUGAAGCUGAUUAUGAUGCCGAUAUGUGUGAGAAGCUUUUACCCAAAUUGAAUACCAAAUGUGUCAUUAUAGAGAGAGAGUUAACCACUGACGUAAUGAAGGAAUUGCAUAUGAAAGGAGGGUUCCAACUUAAAGCUUUAGGCAUAUUAGUAUCAACUUUUGAUCAUACUAUUCUUUUAGAUGCCGAUAACGUGGCAGUCAAGAAUUUUGAUAAGCUUUUUGAGUCUGCGGCUUACAAAGAGACCAAGUUCAUUCUUUGGCCAGAUUUAUGGCACAGAGGCAUUUCUCCUUCGUACUAUGACAUCACGGAAACAGAAAUUGGAGAGUUGGUGGACAGAGAGGGACUACCAAAUGGACAAAACUACUUGGAAUACCUCAAGCUGGAUCACAGAACAGGUCAAGCAUUCUCGGAUUUCAAAGGUGUUAAUCCAGGACAACUGGUGGAAUCAGGACAAAUGGUCUUCUCCAAGAAUGAGCAUUUCCGAUCGUUGGUUCUUGCUCUCUACUACAAUGUUUAUGGGGAAUCUCAUUAUUAUGCCUUAUUGUAUCAAGGAACCUUUGGAGUUGGUGAUAGAGAAACAUUCCUACCGGCAUUAGCAGUUAUGAAAGAGCCUUAUUUCUUUUCUGCUUAUACAGUUUGGCUUGCAGGCUUCUUCCAUGAUAGUGCCAUGGAACAGUUCCAGGAAACAACCAUAGUUCAGUAUGACCCUGAUCAGGUUUAUUUUUACUUGAAAUCAUGGCGCAAAUGGUUAAAGAAAAAUGGCCACGAUACAAGAAUGCCCAUUGGUCAAGCUAACGAAGAUACUAUGAAAUUAGUGGCCGAGUUUUCUAAUAAUAUGAAGGAUCAAAUGGUUGAACCGGACAUAAUGUUCUUACAUAUGCACCGUCCGAAAAUCAACCCCAUUAUUAAUGCGCAUGCUCAAAAUGAACUCAAUUACGAGGUUUACACUAGAAGAAACUUGGGGAAACCCGCUUUCUAUUCAGAGUUCGGUGCAAACGACUGGGAAUUGCAUAUACACACAGUAUCUAAAUGGGUAGCAUGUGAGUUCUUGCAUAAGCAGUAUUGGGACAAAAUCGGCAUUGAUCAAAAGUUUGUAUGCGACAAAGUCUCCAAAUAUGUCGAAUUCUUGAAGCAAGAUACCAAAUACCCAGAUUCUGGUAUACUAAAUGUGUUACCGAAUAUCUUUGAAAAAGCUACGGAAAAAGGCAAAGAUAACUCCAAACCGAAGACCACAGAGGAGGAAAAGGGAGAGAAGAAUUCCGAAGGUGGUAAAUAUACGAAAACCUGA